AUGCAGUACUGGACGAGCUUCCUCCGCGGCGCGGCACUCGCAGUGCUGAUCUCGACCGCGGCGGCGCAGACCAAGGUCGUGCUGACCAACGAUGACGGGUGGGCGGUCGCGCAGGUCCGCGCGCAGUUUGACUCCCUCACCUCGGCGGGUUUCAACGUCCUCCUCUCCGCGCCCGCGGAAAAUGAGUCGGGGACUGGAUCAUCAAGCGCGACGCCCACACCGCUGAGCCAGCCGUGCGAGUUUAACACUUGCGCGACGGGCUCUCCGGCGGAGGGAAGUGAUCCGAGCAAUGCGAGGUUGAACUACGUCAACUCCUUCCCGGUGGACUCGGUGCGCUUCGGGAUCCAGACCCUCGCGCCGAAGAUAUUCGGCUCUGCGCCUGACUUUAUUGUCAGUGGUCCUAAUGUUGGAAACAACCUCGGCACAGUGACUGCGAACUCUGGCACCGUCGGUGCCGCCUGCGAAGCCGCCAAGGAAGGCUUCCCCGCAGUGGCCUUCUCCGCCAAGACCGCGUCGCAGGUCUCCUUCACCACUCUCCAAUCCUCGCCGAACUCCCAGUCGUCCAAGUCCGCGCAGAUAUACGCCGCACUCACCACCAACUUCACCCAAACUCUCCUUGGCCCCUCCGCGCGCCCCAUCAUCCCCUCCGGAAUGAUCGUGAACGUCAACUACGGCGCGACGACGUUCACCUCGUCGGGCACCGCCAACGGUGGCUGCACAAGCGCGAGCGACUUCAAGUGGGUCUUCACGCGCCUCUUGAAGAACUCGACCGCGCACGAUGUCUCCACGUGCGGGAGCACUGUCCUGCCGGACGAAUCGACGGUGGUCGGCGCGGGGUGCUUCGCGAGCGUGACGGUGAUGGACGCUACGCACAAGGCGGAUGUCAACUCCUCGGUUCAGGCGCAAGUGCUGAAUCGCUUGACGCCCUCGGGUCUCUUGACUUGCUUCAACCAGUAG